GUCUCAAUGUGGAUUGGUAAAUGCUGCAUGAAAUGUUAUCUGAAAUGGGAUUUGGGAAAAGCUAAUGGAAAGCUGAGUUUCUGUCUACAAAGAGUAGUUUUCUUUUCCCCAGCUGAUAGUAAAACACGAACCCUGCAGUCCAGCCGGUAAUAUAUUUACUUACUUUUCCACUUUCCCACAGUCUUAAGUGUCAACUACAAUAUCUUUUCCUAUUUGUUCUUUUGAAGUCUGCCUUAUCUUAUUCUGGCCUGUGUUUGUGAUGGACAGAUCCAGCAUCUGUUUCAGCAGCACAGGUAAUUAAUGGAGAAUGUGCCCUAUUUCAAAGAAGAGAAAUGGGCACCUGGGGCAGCUUGUGCCUGUAGUUGGACCUUCCAGUGUCAGCUGGAGGGUAGAAAGGAAAUAGAAAAUUGGAAAGCACUGGAGGUAAAAAUAAAAAAAAUAUAUUAAAAAAUGGUUCCGAAGGAAAAUAAAAGAAUUGGGACUUUCCAUGGUUGAAGUUCAGAAAGCAAACUUAGUCACAAUGCCACCAGUGGAAGUAUUUGUUGAUUUUAAUAGAGUAACUUCUAUUAUCCCUGCAUGUGUUUACGCACUGUUAAAACAAGAUAAUUUGUAUGAAUAAUACCCAGUUACCUUCUAUGGAGUAAGGUGAUUUUACGGUAGGUCAUAAAAGAAGGAGCCCGUGGGGAGGCAGGAGUGCUCUGCUGCUGCACCUGUGUUCCUGUGAGCCCAGCCAGUCUCCACAGGGUGCUCAUUAGGAGAUGCUUUUUCUUAGAACUUCAGGCUGCAAAUGAUUCACUGAGAUGUUUGCAAAAGCAACAAGGAAUUUUGUGAGAGAAACGGACAGCGGAGGUGACUUGAUCCCCGUCUCCCACUUGAAUGCCUCAGACAAGCUGCAGCUUCUGGGCUUAGUUACAAAGAGGAAGAAAUUCUGGUGCUGGCAGAAGCCUAAGUAUCAUUUCUUGGCAGUCUCGUUGAGUGAUGUGCUUACUGAAGACAAACCUAUAAAACCAGUAAUCGUGGAAUCCGACUUUGCAAAAUAUAUGGGAAAAUUUGAAGAUGUUGUCCAGGGAAGUAUUGAAACUUCAUUUGGAAAGAUCAGCCUGGGAGCCGGAGCGAAGGGCUCUGUGGAAAGUCAGUCCUCCUUUGGGAACCUGAGGAAACAGGAGGUUGACUUGCAGCAGCUUAUGAAAGACGUCAAGGACAGAAUGAUCAAUUUAAAUAGUAGUUUACUGCAACAAGUGAUAGAACGAAAGCGUGAAGUGCUGUGCAUCUUGAGAGAAAAGAUAAUAACAACACAAAGGUGUACAAUAUCUGAGCAUAUCCAGACAGAAGAAAAAGUCGGCAGUCUGCUGGGAUGCGGUACGAAGAUAGUAAAGGUUUCAGUGAGUGACAGUGGAAGUAUGAUGAAGGAUUCCAACGUGAUUCUUGAGAUUCCUCCUGCAACCGCUAUUGCCUAUGGUGUAAUUGAACUGUUUAUAAAGUGUGAUGGGCAAUUUGAAUUCUGUCUGCUGGAUGAACAGCAGGGAGGCUUUGAAAGAGAAAGCACCGAAGGUUCGAUGUCACCCCACUCAGUGCUGUUCAGAGAUACUUCGUUCCUCUAUCACCCAGAUGCUGUUGAUAGUGGGAUGUACUCUGGGGCUGAAAACCCCAUUCCCAGCCACACUUCUUUAAAUGUGUUGAAAGAAGAUCUGUCACAGCUGAAGGCUCAGUUCCAACCCUUUGUGAAGCUGCCAGAAGACAAGCAAAGAGCUUUAUAUAAAAGUCUGCUUGAACUCCUGCUGCAUGAAGAAACAUUAACGGCCCUGGAAGAUGUGUUGGAUGCUCUCUGCACAGGAAACAAGCCAGACUUGAAGGAGUUAAAACCUGCGCAGCACCAGGACCUGGCUGACUUCCUGCAGCUGGUGGGGUGCCGUGUACAGGAUGAGCUAUUGUUGCAGAACUAUCAGCUUCAGGAUGAAGAACUGCUCUCAGCUGCUCACCUCCUCAUCAGUGCUAUCUCUGAGCUGUCUGAUUACACUCUUGUCCUGCUGCGUGCCUGCUCUGAUCUACAGGUUGUUCCGGCAUUGUGUUGCUUGCCUUACAUCGCUUCAGCUGAUGGCACCUUGGCACUGAGCAGUCCUUUGGUGGCAACUCUCACCGACAGAGGAAGAUUUGAUGUCGUGCAAAGGCUUUUUGCUUCAACGAACAUUCAUUUGGAAAAGACAGAGUCUUCUGUAAAAGCUGUGACUAUGAGAGAACCCAGAUUCUUCCCACUUGUUCUUUAUGUUGCGCUGUUCGGGCUUCACAGUUUGAGUGGGUCUGUAUGGGAGCUUUUCUGAGCAGUUACUGCCCUACCCUGAUCUUCCCCCUUUAGCUCUGCAGUGUAGCGUUAUGCUUGUGAGCACAAAAGCCCUGGGGUGGAAUGCUCAGGGCUGUGCAGCCAGGUGGCACGGGGGGGGGGGGGCAGCGCAGGCUGCAAGUGAGCACGCUGCUGCUCUGCAGCUCCACUACGGUUUGUCAGCAGUGGAAAACACAUAAAUAAGUAAAUAAGGGAUGCAGGGGAAUAAGAAAAAAAGGCAAGCCUGGAAGAGAAAUUGAACGUAGCUAUUCUGAUAGUUGACAGAACUGCAGAGCAGUGGAAGCCUGAUUGCUUGCAUUAAUAUGCAUGGGAGAAAACUGCCUAGUACGAACUGCAUUUUGUAAGCAAGUGAGCAGAAAGGCUGUGGAAAUGUAGCGUUCUGCAAUGCAGUCCAUGCUUUGCUCACUUAAGAUCGGACAUGCAGAAUGCCUUCACUCUGGAGGAGAAGUGGAGGGCUCUGAAAGGUACUUCAUUAGGUUUUCCUUCAUUAGGUGUAGUUUAGCUUUAUGGAUGUGAGCUGCACGCUGCAGGAAACAACGAACUCUUUUUUUUUCUUUCCAAAGAGAGACCACCUUAGGGAUUUCUACCUCUUUUCCAGUAAGUUUUUACUAAGCUUAGCAAGUUUCAGCUACUUACAAUGUGCUUUGAACAUCCUCUUUGAGAUACGGCACUGCCUUCUGGUAUGUGCAUACCAAAAGCCCUUGCUGUGCUCCACGAAGCAAUCAUUUUGCCCACGUGCCAUUUUCAAUGUUCCGCUCUGUCUUUCCCUAACAGCAGAGUUCACAUAAAGCACUUUGUGCUUCAAACUGUUUUGCCUUUUUUUUUUUAACAUAAUUUUCUGUGAUCAUGGAAACGGGGCAGAAGUGCAGCAGAGAUCCCUGUAAACGCAGGAAGCUGUUCCAAUGAAGUGGGCUCUCAGUGCUUUUAGCCGGCACUGAGUGGCGGUUAACAGGUGACACGUGGGCACCUGGUAGGAGAGGCGCUCAGACUGAGAUGGCGGUGUUUCCAUGUCUCAUUUGUAACGUGAGCGUAAAGUGAAGCUGAUGGUUUUGGCCUAACCCUGCACUGGUGCGUAUGGAAAUGUCCUGAAAGCACCUCACCCUGCCUGUGUGAGUUGCGUGUCUGCACACAGGAAGGUUUGCUUUCACCAACCACUACUUAUAAGUUGCUUCUGUAACUGUAUCAAGAUUUUGUGUUUAACGCCGUGUAUGUCACAACAGUGGAAUAAUUCUAAAGAUCACUUUGUAUGAUUUCUGUUCA